AUGAGAAACGCCCUUAGAUGUUGCAUAGCUUGCAUUCUUCCAUGCGGAGUUCUGGACGUGAUACGCAUAGUGCACACCAACGGCCGAGUCGAGGAGAUUACCGGCGACGUCACGGCGGCGGAGAUCAUGAAAAUGCACCCCAAACACGUCCUUAAGAAGCCGUCUUCCCGCUCCGUUGACAACGACCAAGCCACGUGCCCCAAGAUCGUCGUGGUCCCGCCGGAGGCUCAUCUCCAGCGCGGCAAGAUUUACUUCCUCAUCCCGGUGCUGUCUCCGCCGGAGAAACCCCGCCCGAAAUCCUCCUCCUCCGCGAAAAAGAAGCGAUCCUCGUCGUCGGAAGUUGAGCAGAAGCGGCGGAGUAAGCAGAGCAACGCUGCCGCCGCCGGCGUCAUCGUCUCGGAUCAGUACUUGAGUGAGAUUCUAUCGGAGAAGCUUUCCACGGCGCAGAGAGAUCGCCGGCGAGGCCGUGUCGGCGUCUGGAGACCUCAUCUAGAGAGCAUUUCCGAGACUGCAAGUGUGCGAAGAAGGAAGAUAUUUCUUUGCACGGCGAGGUAUUAUUUUCACCAGCUCGUCUUCGCCCUCCACUUCUGCCACCAGAACGGCGUCACCCAUCAUGUCAUCAAGCCCCAGAACCUCCUCCUCGACAAGGACGGCAAGCUCAAGAUCUCCGAUUUCGGCCUCUCCGCGCUGCCGGAGCAGAUCCGGAACGGCCUCCUCCACACCGCGUGCGGUACUCCGGCCUACACCGCCCCGGAGGUGAUGAUCAGAAAAGGCUACGACGGCGCCAAGGCCGACGCGUGGUCUUGCGGCGUCAUCCUCUUCGCCUACCUCGCAGGGUACCUCCCAUUCGACGACAGCAAUAUAUCAAACAUGUACCGUGCAAUACGAAGCCGCGCGUUUCAGUUCCCGGAUUGGAUCACAAAGCCCACCCGGAGCAUAAUUUUCCGACUGCUCGAUCCCAAUCCGGUAACCAGAAUGUCCAUCGAGGAACUGAUGAAGCUCCCGUGGUUCAAGAAGUCAUCAUCAGUGAUAGAUUUGACAGACGAACAUCAAUUCGGGAACCAAGAGUUCGACAAAGAUUGCAAACACUUAACCAAAAUGAACGCAUUCGAUAUCAUUUCAAUGUCUCCCGGGUUGGAUCUAUCAGGGCUAUUCCAGGCGGGAUUGAACAAGAAAGAAAUGAGAUUCACCACAAAUUCCGAGGUAGGAGAGGUUGAGGAGAAGGUAAAGAAGAUCGGGAGUGAAGCAGGGUAUAGGGUAGAGAGGGGAAAGGGAGGGGGAAUCAGACUGGUAAAAGCAAGAGUAACGUUAAUGGUGGAAAUUCUUCAAGUGGCGCCGGAGCUAUGGCUGGUGGAGAUGAAGGUCGUCUAA